GAUUUUAUUCUUAUCAGUAAUAGAUUUACUUUCUCUUUUGCAGCGGUGUUGCUGGUUUUAACAAUACCUUUAUAAGAAGUCAAAGAGAACCUCUAAUAACGUUACCGGUUACUCAGCAGGUGAAAUUGAGUUUAUUCAUUUGUUUUCUCUUCUGGGUUAAAUGGUUCCAACUAUUUCAGCCUCAAAACUUGCAUUCAGAUAAGAAAGGGGGUUAUGUAAAGGGCUUCAGCAAAUAUUGUAGAUGGCAGAAUACAAGGAAGGCGAUCAAGUUGGUGGAAAAUUCGCAUAUCCAAUAUGGCAAUCCCAGACUCGAAAGCACGGUUCAGGAUAUGAGGUGGCAGACGAAAACACUCAAAGUAGCAGCAAAGAUAUUGCUGAAGAUGAAAAAGAAGCGGAUUUUGUGCAUUUUCCAUGGUUACAACGAAGAGAAAGAUUCAAAACACUGUCUGUUUUUAAUGAACCACAGUGUCUAAUAACGAUUAAUGACAAGGGCGUUUUAGAAGUAAAUGAAAGUAUAGUCAACGAAAUUGAACUGAUUGAUGUUCCACUUAGUGUUGUGGCCAUAACUGGACUUUAUAGGACAGGAAAAUCGUAUCUUAUGAACAAGAUUGCUGGGUGCCAAAACGGCUUUUCACUUGGAAAUUCUGUACAAUCUCACACGAAAGGAAUAUGGGCAUUUUGCUGCAUACACCCUUUAGUCGAUCAACAAGUCAUAAUGUACUUGGACACAGAAGGUCUAGCAGAUGUAAAAAAGGGAAACAGUGACCAUGACAACAGAAUCUUCAGCCUAGCUGUCCUGAUGAGUAGUACAUUAAUAUACAAUGCAAAGGAUGUUUUCAAUGCAGAUGAUAUGCAGAAACUAACAUUUAUAGCACAGUUGUCAGAUAAUAUCAAAGCAUUUGGUGAUACCGAAAAAGAUAAAGCAGUUGAUAAAGCAGUAUUAAUGUACGUUUCUCCAAUAUUCGUUUUAUGCUUGAGAGAUCACUUUCUCGAGAUGGACAAAACCGCUGAUGAAUACUUUGAAGACUGUUUGUCAGUCGGUGAAAACAACGAGAUUGCAGAAUGCAUAAAACAGUAUUUUCCACGACGAAGAUGCUUUACUAUUGAACAACCAGCCAUGGGGAAAACUCUUCGACAGUUGAGCGAAACAAAUGAUUCGGAGCUCAGCAAGACGUUCAUAAGUGAUGUCAAGAAAUUGAAGGAUUACAUUGAACGUUGCGGUGCAAAGCAUGUCGUAUCCAAUAGACCAAUAGAUGGAUUAGACUUUAUUUCACUGAUGACAACGUAUGUAAGCGAGCUUAAUACAGGAAUACCUAUGAAUUUAGAAGAAGCGGUAAUCAGUGCGUCGAUAAAGCACAAUGAAAAGGUGUACACGAGCGUUUUACGAUGGUUGAGAAAUGAGAUCACUUUUAUACCAUUGCCGAUACCUCUAAAAGAAGUCCUCCAAACAAAAUUCUUUCAACUUCAAGACGAAAUGAUUCGAUUGUACAGAAAGGAUGCUUACCCAUACGGUUCUGAUUGUCUUGAGGCAAAGCUUCAGGAAAAAAUGAUUGAACAAUGGAAAGAUUUACGGCUGGAAAACUCAGUUUGUAUAACGAAGAGAUGUAAAACACUUUUAAGAAAACUAGACACAGAUUUGAUGAAAGAUGAGGAAUUUUACAACCGAGAUGGGAUGUAUCAACGUUUUAAAGAUGAUAUUCGUCAUGUAGAAAAGAUGUUUUAUGAGCAAAUGAAUGGCUAUGACAAAGAUGAGCUGAUUGACCCUAUUGAGGAUUAUAAGGAUUCAAAGAAAGGAAUCAAAGCAGAGUUGAGCCGCAAAGAAGGUGAACGCACACUUCUUAAACAACGAGAACAUCUAGAAAAACGGCUUGAGGAAAGAUUUCAAGAAAAGUGCGAAGCAAUGGAACGUGAGAAAAAUGAAUAUAUUGAGAAAGAGAGGGACAAGAUAUUUGAGAACAUGCUAAAGCAGCAAGAAAUGAGCACUAGAAUCUUGACAGAAACAAUAGGACAACUUCAUAAUAAAUCAGCGAAAAGGGGAUGUAUUAUUUCCUAAAACUAAUAGACACACCAUUACAUAGAAAAUCCUUGUAAUUUACUUUUAGUAUAUUAACCUUUUGACUUCAAUUUCACAUUGUAAGUAAUAGUCAUUAUUUGUUAUAUUAUUAUUGUGUGUGCUAAAGCAUCUUAAACAGAAAUAUAUUUUGCUGUACAAAAACGUCGUCUUUUGAAACGUUCGCGAAACUUUAGCCUUAUUUGCGGACGAUCAUAAUUACAAAAUAUUGUACAUGGAAAGGUUUAUUGAAAUUUAAUAAUACUUUAUUAUGUGACUUAGAAUAUUUAAAUUUGUAUUAAUGAUAAGAUAGAUGAUGCAAUAUUGCAGUAUUUGUUGCCUGUGUGUAAUAUUCACUGUUUAAAAAAUGUCAGUUAUGAAGAUUUACAAUUUAGUAUUGAUGAUCAACUUUUUUUAGAAACCCUGUUAAUGGCAAUAAGUGGCAAAACCAUUUCUUUUAGAUUGUCACAUUUGUAAGUAACAUUUUUAUUUUAACUGUGGAAAAUGUUAUGUUGAAAUUGAAUCUAAAUCAAUGUACAAUUACUUUUGGAAAAACGUUUCGUUAGCGUUUAUUGACUUUAUAGAUAUUAUGAAAAUAGCAAAAUAGACCCGUUUAUUAACUGGUUGUUGUUUUUUGAUUGUUUAUGAAAGUUUGAUAGUGUUAUUAGAAAGUACAUAAAAGUCUCUAAAAAUAGAAUAUUCUAAUACAUGUACCAAUGUAUUAUUGCCAUCUAUUCCCUUUUAUAUAAAACAAAUAUCUUUAUGUAGUAGUGGAAUCUCUACCAUAUAUAAUUUAUUUAUUGAUAAUUGUCAAAUACCUACAUGUAUAUCAAAAUGGAAUACUUAUUUUAACAUUGAUGAUACUGAGUGGAAAUACCUUUUUGAAUGGGUUCACUCUGAAACUAAUGAUUACCUCAAAUGGCUUCAAACUAGAAGAAAUCUAUUUUGAAAAAUAAACAUGAAAAAUCAUAUAGUUAUUAAUUCAUCUGUAUUACAGCUUUGCAAGAGAUGUCGGGAUAGAUUAUCUAAUAACACCUGUUAAAAAGUCAUAAUGUUGAUUGGAGGGUUGAUUGUAAGACAUUCAUUUUAGGGUAUCAAGAAGGAGACCAAUGUCAAUUUAAUAUUUUCAAUUAGAAUUAAAAGGAUAUAUAUUCUUGUGUAAGAGGAGGGAGAUAUUACCAUCAAUACAAGACCUAGUCUGCAGUUUAAGCUAGCAUCUUCAAUAGUUAAUUAUACAAAAGUAAAAAAUUUCUAUGUACUUAUUAGUUGAUAUGAUAGAAAAUAGAUAGUACAUUUUUUAAUUAACUACUUAUAUAUUACAGUUUGAUUAUAUUAUAUCCAGUUUAUGUUGAAAUGAAAUACACUGAAUCACAAUAGCAUAUUUAUCUUCUGUAUUUUGCAUAUAUUAUAAAAUUAUGUAUGACAUAAAUGCCCCUCUGUUUAUCAUAACAUUACAAUAAAUUGUAAGGUAAAAUAACGGAUGGAUCUCAGACCCUAUUUACCUAUUACGGGGGCAAUAAAUUUAAUUUAAUGGAGUAACCUCUUGUGCUUCAAUUUAAGAGUUGUAAAAAGAUUGUUAUGCUUUUCUUGUUCUAAAGAUGUAACAUGCAUUUUACAGAUAUAUUGAAACCUCAUAAAAUACAUGUUGCAAGAUUGUUUAGAGAAUUUUGUUUUUCUUAUGUGUGACAAUGACCCUGAGCAUUUAUUAACAUUCCUUACACAUAUCUACGUAUGAUACUUUAAUUCUAUAUAGUAAGCCCGAAAAUUGAUUUUGUUUAAGAAGACAUUUUUUAUAUAUCUAUUUAUUUAUUUAUUUAAGUCUCAUCUAUGUACACACAGUUCAUAACAAUGUCAUAAAAGAUGUACACAGCCAUUCUAUAUAAGUUUUUUGAAAGAGACAAGAGGAUCAUUCACACACGAAACUACUUGUCACUAAAAUCAAGUACAAUAUGUAGUUAACAAAAGUAAAAUAAUUAUCCACAGAACCUGUAAAAAUAUAUUGUUAAACGAAAUUUGUAAAAUAUUAAACGGUAAAAAACAAGGAGAUGUAGUUAAAGUGUUUUACUUGUACAAUUAACCAAAAUGAGUUAAUCAGUCCUAUUGACAAAGCGAAUAAUAAUACCAAGUAUUUGAAGUUGUACUUAGUAUUAAAACACUAAAACCAUUAAAAACUUGCUAGAAAUUGUGCUUGUUGUAUAGUCACAAAAUAGCUACCUGUUACAAUUCAAUUAUUAUUCCCGCCGAAAAGGCGGCGGGGGAUAUAGAAAUAGUCUCCGUCCGUCCUUCCGUCCGACAUUUUUGUCCGGAGCAUAUCUCAAAAAGUAUUUGAGAUAUCAACUUGAAACUUCAUAGGUUGAUAGACCUUAUUGAGGAGGAGUGCAGUGCAC